AUGCACGAAACGGGCUCUGAACCGAACGCGGAACGCUUGAUCGAAGGUUCCGACCAGAAAAGCGGCAAUCCUAUACAAGACGAGCGAUCAGAAAAUGACACGAGAAAGGAUGCGGAAACUUUCCCCGACGGUUUGGACGCCAGCUUAAGGAAGACUGUAGUGGAUAGCAAUGGAAGCCCAAGGCUGAUGUCCCGAGUGAGGCCAAAAAGUAUAGGGCAAGGCGAAGACCAGCCGGCCACGGAUAAGUCGCCCAGAGUUGAACUAAGCCGGAAGGAAACACCCUCCAAGUCAUUGAAUAAAGAAUCCGGAUACGAUGCAAGCACCGAAGAGCUCUCAGAUGGAAUUCCUGAUUCCGAUGUGGAUAUUGGUCGGUCAACUACCGGCCAAAAACCCGCAUUUGAUCCCGACUGGACAUCCAUACUUGACGCAAAGAAAGUAGAGGCCGUCUACGAUAGUAGGACCCCAGCAUGGGCAUACUAUUCUCUAUCCGAGCGCCCGGCUUUCUCUUCGGGGUGCCCAAGCAUCGGGGUACCAAUAAGGCAACAUGAAGAGAAGCCCGAACGAACGAGUCUUGCUGAGCCCAAGGGCCAACCGGACUUUCUGUCAUGUCUUAGAGAGCCUCUGCAAUGCUCUUGUCUAACACAUUCCAGCACGCGGCCCAAGAGCAACAGCAGGCCCCGAGUGGUAGAUACCAGCCCCGAGCAGGGUGUUCGGGAGACUGAGCAAGGCCAACAAACACAGGAGAGACAGCCCCAUGGAUUGACUAACGACUUGGAUGGGGAGAAUUUAAGCGAUUCUAGUGUCAGCACUAAACAACGAUCGAACGACAUCAACCAGUCCAAAACGCUUUUAACUCUCCAAGAGAGCGCGAAGAAGAUGUCGAUGAAGACAAAGAGACAUCUGGCCCGUCAAUUAGAAGAUGAACGGGAGGUAGCCGGCCAAGUUCUAGAGCAAUAUCGUCGUGAUUGCAAUCAUGUUCUUGAUCAGCUUCUCGAAGGGCAGGAGGAACGAAUCCGAGUUUGCGAGGAACAGAUGAACACCAUUCAGAAGCAACAUCGAGAAACCUGCGAGGCCCUAAUCCAUCGUCUGAAGGAGGACGAGCUACGGAUUCGCAAGAGAACUUCCAUGUAUGUGACUCAGAGUCUGGAAAAAAGGGGUCGAAAGCGGAGGAGAAUUAAUUCGCCGGGGCGCCGGACAAGCUCGGCGGAUAUUGGCAUGCCUUCGGAUAUUCUUUAA